CUCUGCCCCAGAGCUGCUUGCUGAGCAGAGGCAGGAUGAGUGACUAAGGGACAAAUCAAGUCUGGGCUGGCAAAGCCUCAGCAUGUGUUAUUGAGACACCUCUGGACUUCAGCGUCUUCACUGAGGGCUUUGUAUUUUUCUCUGAUAGAAACGAAAAAUGUAAGAGCUUGAAGAAAAUCUAAAGCACCAUCUCCUCCUUCUGAAGCAACACCCACUGCUGUUUCUCCAUUUGGUAACAUAGAGUCAACCAACCUCAUCAUGGAACAGAAAGAGAAUGUAAUCGAUAAAGAUAUUGAACUAUCAGUGGUCCUGCCAGGAGAUGUGAUCAAGUGUACUACAGUUAAUGGGAGGAAGCCCAUGAUGGACUUGCUGGUCUUUCUCUGUGCACAGUAUCAUUUAAAUCCAUCAAGUUAUACUAUAGAGUUGGUAUCAGCAGAAAGUAGCCAGAUUAAAUUCAAACCCAACACGCCAGUGGGAAUGCUUGAAGUGGAAAAGGUGAUUUUAAAGCCAAAACAAAUAGAUAAGAAGAAACCUGCUCCAGUUAUACCAGAGCAAACGGUAAGGGUAGUGAUAAACUACAAGAAGACACAGAAGACAGUCGUGAGAGUUAGUCCACAUUCACCCCUUCAAGAACUCAUACCAAUUAUCUGUAGCAAAUGUGAGUUUGAUCCUUCACACACUCUGCUGUUGAAGAAUUACCAGUCUCAAGAACCCCUUGAUGUGACAAAAUCUCUUAAUGACCUUGGACUAAGAGAACUAUAUGCCAUGGAUAUCAGUCGAGCCACAUCACCAGUUGAUUUAAAUUUACGGUCUUUGCAAGACUCCUACCAAUCUGAAAACAUAGAUGUUCUGAAGGAGAAAGAAAACAAAGGAUUUUUCAGCUUUUUUCAACGAAACAAGAAGAAAAGGGACCAAGCUGCCAGUGCCCCGGCAACUCCAUUGAUGAGCAAGCCAAGACCAGCAUCUAUCACUAGAUCUAACACUGUCAGCAAGCAGUAUGAUUCCAACACUCUGCCAUCAGAAAUGCCGAAGAAACGGAGAGCUCCUUUGCCACCUAUGCCAAACUCCCAGAGUGCUCCCCAGGAACUCUCACAAGCCCAAGUCAGACCUGCACCUGAUAUUGUGAAAUCCAACAGCUUUGAUAGGAAUGCACAGGCCCCUCCAGGAUUAGUACGGAAAGGUUCCCUGCCGCUCAGUGACACUGCUUCCGUGAACUCCUCUCUAAGGAGGAUGAAGCGCAAGGCGCCCUCACCACCCUCCAGAGCACCAGAAGAUCAAAGUGAAAGCAGUAAUGAGCCUGUAAUGGAGACAACAGAAUCAGCCUCCACUCAAGUGGAAGGAAGAAGCACCGAAAUGCAGCCUGAAACAGGUGUAAGGAGCUCAGAACACAACCUGGAAGAAAUUGAUGAAAGGGAAGAGAUAAGUGUGCAACAGCGAGAGAACAGUGAAAGUACCAAUAUCUCUCCCAGGACAGGAGAGGUUACUGUAGCCUUUAGCUCUGCUGAGGUACCACUGGAAAAUGAAAAAAAUGAUCCUGCUCCAUCAACUCCUGUUCCUGGCAGUGUUUCCGUAGACAACUCGCAAAGCUUCAAGGAAGAAAAACAAGAAAAUAUGAGCACAGAUGGCAAAGGACUACAGACUAAGAUAAGCAGUGAGGAUGCUGGAUUUGAAAAAGACAGGAAGCUUAAAAUUUUAGAUCAAAAUACAACCAAUGAUCACAGUGAUACAAAACUCCUUCCAACAACAGAAGAAGGGAAAGAACUUCAGACAGCUGAAAUUAAACCAGUAGAUUUUACAGAAAAUAACAAGCUCGAAGUUAACAGACUAUCAAACUUCCAGGCAUGUAAAAAUGACAUCUCUGUAAGUCAUAGGAAUUAUCCUCAACUGAUGUCAGAAAAGCAAGAUGACAAAACAAAUCAAAGCAGCUUGGAUACAGUAAAAACUCAGGAUGUUGCAAUCCAGACAGGUCCUUUGGAUAGCAAUUUGGGAAGGUCUACUCAGAAAGAAAUUAUUGUUCCUCAGGGUGUUGAAUCAUCCACAUUCAGAGAAUUGGUCCCUCAACAUAACACAGAUACAAACAACCCCCUUCUUCAAGUGAUGCAUGGAACGCAGCAAGGGGAUGAAGAUACGUCAAUAGAACAAAAUCUUGAGACACAAGAAGUUACCUAUGGAAAUGUAAUUCCCAUAAAAGACCAGAGUCACGUCUGUAUAAAUGGCAGUAAUUUUGUUUCACCAGAAACAACUGCAAAAACUCCAGAUGACUUUUCUGUAAAAGGUCACCCUUUUUAUAGACAGGACACCAGACCUAAACCUAAGCCUGCUAAUGAAAUUACAAGGGAUUACAUACCAAAAAUUGGCAUGACUACUUAUAAAAUAGUGCCUCCAAAAUUCUUAGAAAUAAUGAAGAACUGGGAACCAGAAGUUCCAUCAGAUCAUAAGGAUCAAGAGGUAUCUACUUUGGAAGAUUCUCUGAAGCAUGAAGACCCCAAAGAAUUCAUAGUGCAAGCUGAAAUUCCUCAUCUGUCAAAAAGUGUGGGUCAUUUACAGGUUGGUUCACAAAAUGAAGCUGCAGCAGCGAAUGAUCUGCUGCAGGGAGUGAACAGCAUUUCUGAACAUACUGUGACCUCUGGAGCUGAGAUUACUACUGAGAGCAACCAGAUGGAAAAGGAGUCUUUCAAGCAGCGUGUCCCACUGAUGCUAAGCCUGGAUAAUACAAAUGCUUCUUCUGAGACUCAGGACAAGUCAAAUGCAUUAAGUCCUACAACAAAGCCUAGUUCUUUUUAUCUGCAGAUGCAACGAAGAGCUUCAGGUCAUUAUGUGACAUCUGCAGUUGCCAGAAGUACCAUUUGUACUCCUAAUUCAAUUCAGAAUGAAGCUAAGAAUACAGAGAUGGGGAAAAAAAUCUCAUCACCUGAUCUGACUUCUUUGGCUUUACAUAAAACAAGUAUUUCCUCUCCUCCAGCAGAUGAAGAAAAAGUUGAUGAUGGAAAAAACAUUGAAUCCUCCACUUCUCCUGUUAAAAGCAAUAAACCUUUAAUUUAUCCCCCCUGUCCUCCAGCACCACUGAACCUAAAAACUCUAAGAACUUUUGCAGUUCCAAAGCCAUACUCCAGUUCAAGACCAUCUCCUUUUGCUCUUGCUGUCUCCUCUGCAGUCAAAAGGUCGCAGUCAUUCAAUAAGACGCGUACAAUCACUAGCCAGGCACCUAGAGAGGAAUUUCCUGUUGAACUCUCCUCUGCCACUUUGGCAGCUGAAUUCUCCUCAGCUACCUCCAUGCCUCAAGUGAAAAGCCCUUCCUUACAGACCUUACCAGCGGGGCCACAAAAUAGUCUAAUGGACAAGAAAGACAGCAAUGUGAAUAGUGAGCAGAAGAGUCAGGCACAGUCAGGUGCUUCCACUGACCACCCACCCCCUGUCACUAAGAGACAAACCGCGAUGACGUUCCCGCGCUCUGACCCAGAACAGAUCCACCAGAGCUUGCUGGCUGCAAUCCGUUCUGGAGAAGCUGCUGCCAAAUUGAAAAGGGUUGGUCCUCCAUCAAACACCAUAGCUGUUAAUGGAAGAGCCAGACUUAAUCCUUUGUAUUCCACAGAAGCAAAAGCUAGUCAGUAGAUAUUAUACAAUAUAUUCUGCACUUUACUACUGCUUCAUAGGCCAACUUUACACUAACUGUAAAUGCAAGUAUAUGUUAAUAUAUUUUUGUCAGCAGUUAUAAGGAUUUCAAGCUGUGUCUUUUGAUGCCUUGGAAAGAUUAUUAGCAUAUGUAAAUUAUGGUAAUAUUUUGCCUUUUCCUCUUUAUAAAGCUGACUAUGCUGCUAAAAAGGUUUAAGAAAAGGUGCAGGUGAGCUUUGCUUAUGAUAGAAAGAGAAUCAAAGAUUCUUGAUUUUAGCCUCAAGACUGAACAAUAUGUAGCACUAUGCUGAAAUUACAGAUUGGAAGCAACCUAAGAAUUCUAGAUCACAUCAUUAAUUUUCAAUUGUGUAUUACUUUAACAGAUUGUAAGAACUUAAAUCUACCACAUGCUGCCUCCAUAUUCCUUUAUUAAAUUAAAAUUGUAAUUACUAGAAUAUCUUAAUUAAAUGCAAUACUUUGUAUCUGUCUAAAAAAUAGAUGGUUUUGUUCCUUUAGCAGAGAGUAACUGGGAUACAUAUUUUGAUUACUUUUUUUUUAACUCUCCUGUAAUUUUUUCCUGGUAGCACACACACAAAAAAAUCAGGAUAUAAAUUAUUGAAAAUUUUUGUACUACUUAAAAACUUUUAUUAACAGUAGCACUACAUGACAUUUCUCUUUGGGUAUCUGUAUAUAGUAUUUACCUAGCACUCAGAUAAGCAAUACUUUUUGUGAAUUACAUAUAUAUUGAAGUAGUCAUCAGCAUAUACUCACGUACUGAUAAAAUGCAAAUUCCAGUUUUGAUACUUAAUGAAAUAGAAGAAAUUUAUUUUUUUUUCACUUGAAGUAUAACUAAAGAAUGAACUGCUUUGGACUUAUUCAUGUGAAAUAUUUUAAUCUUAAAACAGCACAAUAACGCACUUACAAAUCAUGCUUGUGUCAGAGACUGUCUAUUUAUAGAUGAAGCAUUAAAUAUCAAGAUGGGAAUAUAUAUUAAAAGAGAAUGCUUUGUGUUAUAUUUUACCUAUUUUGAAUUUCUUGUCAAGAUUAUACAUUUUGGGGAGGGAGUGGAAAUAUGAUAACACCCAUGAUAAAAUAGCUAGAUUAUGGAUGCAUGCAGGAAGUGCUGGGGUAUUUGCCAUUUUAAAAUAUUUUCUUGCUGGACUUGAUUCAAAUAAAAGUAAUUGUAUUUCGUUUCUGUUCUUUAACAAUAUAUAUAUUUUGUACUUUAGAAACAUUCUGUAACUCAAUUUCAGAAACUGAUCUAUAUGUGCAUUUCAAAGGUUUAUUAAUUGUUUGCUGCCAGGUUUUUGUGCAAUAAUCUCAAAGAGGUCUAAUUACUUUCCACCUACAGAGUCAAUUAUUGAUUACAAGUAACAGUGUUAAUGCUCAAACUCUUUAAGGAACAUUUUAGUAAAUAAAAAUUCAUAAAGAGGGUUGAUGGACAUUUGUUCACUGCUGUUCUCUCCUGUUUACUCUCCUGUAUCUUAGUCCCCUGUCAAUGUGUGUUACCACUUCUGUCUCUUCCUUGUUUUGCCUCCAGUCAAGGGCUUAAUCCAAGGGUAGGGGGAGCCCACAUGGUAGUUCAAAAGAUCUGUUUCAGGAUCUGACUGUGAAAGAACGCUUCAACUUCACUUGAAAACAGUGAGAUAGAAGAGGUGUGGGGUUUUUUCUAGUUUCCAACUGAGGCUUACACUCUAGAUUUCACUGCAUCUUGAGGGACAGACUUGAAAGUUGUAACUCACUCCCAGGGUUCCAGUGUCUGUGUUUGUUGCAGUAUUUGAAGUCUGUGUUUUAAGCGUUCCUACACAACAUGCUGAUCUGUAACUGCCAGAGAGAGGUUGCGCUGCAAAGAGUCUCCUUACUUGUACUUUGGGUGCAAGGAUCUUACAGGUUUUUUCUCUAACCUUGGUAUUCGCUGCCAAGGUGACCAAAGUUAUUUCAUAAAGUUAAUUUAAUCUCCAUCUGUGGUAGUACAAGUCGGUAUGAUGUUUCACUUUUUCAACCAAAUCAGUAGAGUCCAAUUAUUCUUGUUUUGGGUAAAGUUCAAAUAACCAUGCUUUGUUGCUUUCUUUGGUUUUGAAUGCAAAACUGUACUGUAUGUUUCUUAGUCCCAUAUGUUAAAAAUAAACUACCUUUUCAUGUGAACUCCUGAAGGUAAAUAUCAUCUUGUGUAUCAGAGAUUAAACUAAAACCACGGCACUUGAA